AUGGGAAGAAAAAAUGAUGUGUCCUCUGAUCAAGCCAAUGGGUGGCACAUCACGAUAACGUUGACUGAAUCAGAUAUCAACGAUACAAUAACAAUAUCGAAAAAACUUGUUGAAACCAAGUUAGUCCCUUUGUGGGGUGCAAAACGUUCUGCAAAAUUGUUACAACCGAACUCGACUGAGAUGGUGCAUCUCUAUGAGUGUGAAUCUAAAAUAACAACAGCUGUAGGCAUGAAAAGAGACGAAAAUGGAAACUUCAAACUAGAUGGGUGGCAGGGGAUUCAGAGCAAAAGAAAUUACAGGACAGGCGAUGUUAUUAAUUUUUGGUGGGACCAAAAUAACGGUACACUUAAUUUUGAGCUCAUCAUGAUUGCUAAUGAAUCUUCGCAACCUGGUUGCUCUUUUAUGCAUUAA